AGAGAGGGAAAAACAGAGAGAAACAUUGAUGUGAGAGAAACACAUCGAUUGGUUGCCUCUUGCAUGUGUCCGUCCAGGGCCAGAGCCGGGGAAGAGCCUACAACCAUGGUACAUGCCCUUGAUCGGAAUCGAACCCGACACCCUUCAGUCCACAGGCCAAUGCUCUAUCCACCCGGAGGUCUUCAGCCUGGGCCGAGGAUGCAGCGCUGGAAGGCAGCAGCCUUGGCCUCGGUGCUCUGCAGCUCUGUGCUCUCCAUCUGGAUGUGUCGGGACGGCCUGCUCCUCAGCCACCGCCUCGGACCCGCGUUGGCCCCACUGCGCCGGCCACCUCGAACCCUGGACGCCCGGAUCGCCCGCCUGGCCCAGUCCACAGCCACAGUGAGGACUCUGCGAGCCACACUGGACAGACAGGGAUACUGGCAGAGGAGGGCCAGCACCUACCUGGAGUUGAACAAGAGGAGUGGCAGAGCUAGGCUCAGGGCCUGGGCUUGUCUGCUUUCCGAGGCCUGCUGUGGAAACAGACACUCUCAGGGCAGCAGACAGUCCCUCCCCCUCAGGCUUCCCAGUAAGAUACUUUUUGACAGCCAGGCCUACGAGGACGAAGUGUCUUUUCUGGACACGAACAGCCGCUACCACACGGUGCACGAGCUGUCGGCGCGCGAGUGCGCCUGCGUGUGACCCUACCUCACCGGUCCCGGCCGGACAGCACCCACCGUUCCAGCUGUCAAACCCCGCGACAGACUGCCCAUGCGCAGAAGAUGCCGUCGAGGUUUCGGGACUCUCGCGAUAACUGUACAGAGAUAAAGUGUGGAAAGUCGA